CCCGGCGCGGGCUCCCCCGGCCCGGGCCCGCGCCUGGGCUGCGCCGCGCUCCGCAACGUGUCCGGCGCGCAGUACGUGGGCUCCGGCUACACCAAGGCGGUGUACCGAGUGCGCCUGCCCGGCGGCGCCGCGGUGGCGCUCAAGGCGGUGGACUUUGGCGGCCACGACCUAGGCAGCUGCGUGCGCGAGUUCGGAGCGCGGAGAGGCUGUUACCGCCUGGCGGCCCACAAGCUGCUCAAGGAGAUGGUGCUGCUGGAGCGGCUGCGGCACCCCAACGUGCUGCAGCUCUAUGGCUACUGCUACCAGGACAGCGAAGACAUCCCUGACACGCUGACCACCAUCACGGAGCUGGGCGCCCCAGUGGAAAUGAUCCAGCUGCUGCAGACUUCCUGGGAGGACCGAUUCCGAAUCUGCCUCAGCCUGGGUCGCCUCCUCCACCACCUGGCCCACUCCCCACUGGGUUCCGUCACUCUGCUGGACUUCCGCCCUCGGCAGUUUGUCCUUGUGGAUGGGGAGCUGAAGGUGACGGACCUAGAUGACGCACGCGUGGAAGAGACCCCGUGUACAAGCAACGCCGACUGCGUACUUGAAUUUCCAGCAAGGAACUUCACCCUGCCGUGUUCAGCCCAAGGCUGGUGUGAGGGCAUGAAUGAGAAGCGGAACCUCUACAAUGCCUACAGAUUUUUCUUCACAUACCUCCUGCCCCACAGUGCCCCGCCUUCCCUCCGGCCUCUGCUGGACACUAUCGUCAAUGCCUCGGGAGAGCUCACCUGGGGAGUGGACGAGACUCUGGUCCAGCUGGAGACAGUGCUACACCUGUACCAGAGCGGGCAGUAUUUGCAGAACUCCUCAGCAAGCAGCGGCGCUGAGUACCGGCGCAUCCCAAACAGCACCAUCCCUCAGGAGGAUUACAGAUGCUGGCCGUCCUACCACCACGGUGGCUGCCUCCUGUCUGUGUUCAACCUGGCCGAAGCUGUGGACGUCUGUGAGAGCCAUGCUCAGUGCAGUGCCUUUGUGGUCACCAACCAGACCACCUGGACAGGUCGGAAGCUGGUCUUUUUCAAAACUGGAUGGAGCCGUGUGGCCCCUGAUCCCAGCAAGACCACCUAUGUGAGGGCCCCCGGCUGACCUGUUGGAGGGCUCCGCCGACCAGCUGACCAUCCUCGCCAGCUGGGGCAUGCCUGCGGCAGGAGAGAUUCGCACCAGCAGCACUGCGUGUCACCCGGAAAGCUCUGCAGAGAGUGCUGACAUCCCAGACAGACUGACGUGACCACGACAAACGUGCAAUAAUGCAAAAUGUUAAAAUGUGAGUUUACCAGCCCAGGUGUGAGACUGCCAGCUCCCAGGCCAGGAGUUGGUGGUGGAGGGGCUGAUGGCUCCCCCAGUGCUCUGGGGGGCAAGCCAGGCUCAGGCAGGUCUGAACAGGGACAGUUCCGUGAGCGGCCCCAUCACUGUGUUCCCCAUGUGAGAAUGUAGCCAAAGCCCGGGUGCUGCUGCUGCAUGGGCCACGGCGGGCAGGGGCUGCGUUGGGACAGUCACUCAGAACGUCCUCUCAGCCCAGCUCCAUUCGGAAGACGUGGCACUGGGAGUGCUCUGGGAUGUGGGAGCCUGGCUGUGGCCCCUGACAGAGGACGCUUCCAGGCCAUCCCGGGGGUUAGGAGCCAGGGCACAGGCGUCCAAAUGAGCCAAGACUGGGGAGGAGGAGGAGCAGGUUGCGGUUUGAGCCAGGACCUGGAGUGGGGGUGGGGCCGGGGCCUCUCUGCCUCAUUUGCUUUCAGUGAAAGCCGCAGAGCAGCCCAAGCCAGGCUUUCCCCCCUCCUGGAGUUUGCAUAUCCAGAAGUUUUUAUACUUCUUGUUUAUUAAAUUGUUUAUUUUUGUAAAAAAAAAAAAUCAGUUAAUAAAAUGACUUUUCAAG